AUGUCGGACCACUUCAUAGCUCCUUGGGACUUGCAGGAAGAGCCGUCGACGAGGGGCUACGGUCCUCGGUCUCCAAUCCACGAUCAGCAGAACGAUCAGCUUGUAGGGAAUGGAAUCCCCAAUGGUGGUAAUCCGUUUGCUCACAAUGGUGCAGCUCAAGAAGACAAGAAAUCCCUGCUAAAUGACGUUAUUAGCAGCGUUGUUAAUGAGUUAAAUAGCAGUGAUAUUUUGAACGAAGGGGAGCAUCUUGAGACUGAUCAGCCUAAUGGGGCUGUCCAGCAGGGUUCUAGUGGUGAAGGUCCCUGGGAAGGCGGCGUCUCCUCUGAAAGUUCCUCCAAGAACUUCACUGAACUCCUGGCUUUGGCUUCAAAACUACGGAACGAUCCUCGCCUGACUGCCGAACAGCUUGUCAAGCUGAAGUUGAUUGAGGAAAUGUCGUCUUUCAGGGAGGUUUGCCACGAGAGUAGGGAUAUCAUUGUCCAAAUCGACAGGCAUUACGGAACCCUGGAGGCGAACAAGGCCAAAGCGCUUCUCUCAAGAGCGAGUACAGCGAGCUGA